UCGAAAUCCAACUCGACGUUUCUGGAAUCCCUCUGCUACACGAGAAAAUGUGGUGAGUGCAGGCACCCCGCUGUGGAUCGCAAGGUCUUGAAAGGAUGACGUAAGCUUAAUAGGAAAACAAAACCCAUUGAACCUUUUCAUGUCACGAGACGCUGUUAUUAUUGACAACACAUCGUUGAAUUUAUGGCAAACUGCGUUGAAGAUGUCCUUAGGGAAGCAGCUUCUUUAUUUGAAAACCAAUUUAAAUGUUCUCCCUCCGUCGCUUGUUGUGCUCCAGGCAGAGUUAACUUGAUUGGAGAGCACACGGACUACAAUGAUGGCUUCGUAUUUCCUAUGGCCUUGGAAUUAGUGACAGUAAUACUAGGGUGCAAAACCGAUGACAAUACUUGUAGCAUUGCGACCUCAGCCCAAGGUGUAGAUGAACCUCACCAGAUCACCUUCCCAUUACCAUCCACAUCCUCUCCCCUCUCCCCAGGGGAACCAUCAUGGGCCAAUUAUGUUAAAGGUGUCAUUGCUAAUUUUCCAUGCCCACCACCAUCAUUCAAAGCAGCAAUAGCCACRUCAGUACCUCUUGGAGGCGGAUUGUCAAGCUCAGCGUCACUAGAAGUAGCAAUGUACACAUUUUUAGAGCAACUAUGCAAUUCAGAGCAGAACGAUYUAAAAGCUAAGGCACUGGCCUGCCAGAAAGCUGAGCAUGACUUUGCAGGGAUGCCUUGUGGAAUUAUGGAUCAGUUUAUAUCAGUAAUGGGUAAAAAAGGCAAUGCAUUGCUUCUGGACUGCAGAUCAAUGGAAGGAUCUUUGAUCCCUUUAUCAGACCCAAAUGUGGUUGUUCUUAUAACAAACAGCAAGGUGCGCCACAAACUAACAGGCAGUGAAUAUCCAACAAGACGUYGUCAGUGUGAAACAGCAGCAUCAAUUCUUGGCAAGCCAAGUCUACGUGACGUGACUUUAGAAGACCUCACUAAACGAAAAGAUGAAUUGGAGGAUGUGGUGUUCCGUAGAGCACGCCAUGUAGUAGGAGAGAUAUCAAGGACACAAAGAGCAGCAGAUGCCCUUCAAAGCAACAACUACAAGACAUUUGGUCAGCUAAUGGUAGAAAGCCAUAAUUCACUCAGAGAUGACUAUGAAGUUAGCUGUGCUGAGCUGGACACACUAGUGAAGCUAGCAAUGGAAGUCAAUGGUGUUUAUGGAUCAMGAAUGACAGGAGGAGGGUUUGGUGGAUGUACUGUGACCCUUGUCAAGAAAGAUGCAGUUGAAAAACUUAUCCAACAUUUGAAAGAUGGAUACCCCAAGGGAUCAUGCCUGAUAUCAAGUCCUGCUGAUGGUGCAAGGAGAUUAGAAAUAAAAAAUAUCUAAAUAAUAUUCAAAAUAUCUAUGAAAUUUUGGAAAUUUACUUGCAUUUCUAGUUAGGGUAAUGAUUCCAGCAGAAGCAAUGCAGGCAAGAGGCAAAAAAAUAUAUAUUGAGUUGAGAAAAAUGCCAAGAUGAGUUCAUAUACAUACUUAGAUUACUUAUCAUAUACAGCCUUUUGCAAAAAUUAUGAGAAUUGUCUAAAUAUCUAAAUAUCAUGCACUUGAUAUUAUGCACUCGAUAUUAUAUUU